UGUAGGCUCUACAAGGACUAAAGCAAUGUGGCUGCUCUUUUGUGUUUGAGCUGUUCGUGCUGUUCACAGCAGUUGCUGGAGAAUGUCAUUGCUACAAUCGAAGUACCUGCACAGCAUCUCCGGCAACCACUUGUCGCAACCAUGGCGGAUGUAUUAAGGGAUGGUUCGGUCCGACCUGCCAGAAACAAAACGUUGCCCUGAAACAACCUGCAAAUCAGUCCUCCAACUACUAUGAAGCUAAUGAAACUGCCCAGCCACUAAACCUGACAGCGGACUAUGCGGUGGAUGGAAUAAUUUCAAGUUACUUCAAUGAAAGUCCGUGUGCACAAACUAACACUGGAGACACACUGCCAUCAUGGAAAGUAUUUCUCAAUACAAGCAGCCAUGACAAAAUAUACCACAUGAAAGUGUAUCUCAAAUAUACAUCGCCAAGUCGAAAUGGGGGGCAUACUGAUUUUGGUAGACAACCAGGUCUGCUACGCUUGGUCACUUCCUGGGCGACCUAAUGAGGCCAAGGAUGUCACUUGCCUGAAGCCACUAUCAGGAACCUCUGUUACCAUAUCGACAUUACGUGAGCUUCUCACUCUGUGUGAGGUAGAGAUAUUUGUUUGCAGUGACGGCUGGUUUGGUGAUGACUGUGACAAACAAUGUCACUGUCUGGACAACAAGGAAGUAUGUGACAAGAUCACUGGAUACUGCUCUAGUGGAUGCACUCCUGAAUUCACCGGCGCAAACUGUCAGACACUUUGCAGUGACGGCUGGUUUGGUGACAACUGUGACAAGCGAUGUCACUGUCUGGACAACAAGGAAGCAUGUGCCAAGAUGGCUGGACAAUGCUCUAGUGGAUGCACUCCUGGAUUCACCGGCGCAAUUUGUCAAACACCGCCAAGACGGAAUGAUGGCAUGGAGAUUCUGGUGGACAACCAGAUCUGCUACGAUUGGUCACCAACUGAACGACCUGAUAACAUAACGGAUGUCACUUGCCGACAGCCACUAUCAGGAACCUCUGUUACCAUACGGACACCACAGGAGUUUCUCACUCUGUGUGAGACAUCGACAUGUAGCCGGUAUAUGCCAUUUAUGGAAAUGACAUUUGAACGACAAAACCAGUUCCAUUCUCAAUUUUUGUAUAAUUAA